CAAGAGAGAAAGAGGCCCAGUGAAAAAAGAAAAAGGCUUAAGAGAGGAAACGAUGCAUUACGAAGAGGAGAAAUACAAUAACAAGCAAAAACUUGCGAGGCGAGAAGCGAGGCGAGAAUAUGAAGAUAGAUAAAGGCAGAUACCAGAGGAGGAGACGUUUACCAACAUAAACAAUAUCUUGACAAUGCAAUGUAUUGCUAUUAUAGUGCGGGUUUUGCGGUGAGAGAUGGACAUUCAAUGAUGAAAGGGAUGUUUUGCAGAAUACCCCUGUAUCCAUUUUUACCACAACGAGAAAGUGAAUAUUCAACCGAGAAGCUGAAAAGUAAAGGAUUUUUCAAGACGCUUUCGACGGAUCAGAUGAAAGACAUUGUGAUACAGAAAUCAGAGUGUGUCGAUAAACUCCAAAAUGAAGCAAGGCAAAUGAACGAAGCAAUGCAAUUUUUAAACGACGAUUUGAAACAAAAAACAAAAUAUGUAGAUGACCUGAGACGCGAAAAUGCCGCAUUGCUUCAACGAUUAAGCAAACUGGCAGGCGAGAAACUGACUAGAGAUAACCCCGAUAUCGCGGACCUUAGCGACCGGAACAGGCCGACAAGGCUGGGCGAGAUGUUCAACGAGCUUUAUGACAACGAGUGGACGGACGCAUUCGAGGAACUUGUUGCAUCAGGUUACGAUGAUAGGGAAGCAGUCGAUACCCUCCAGAUGGCGCUUAUGAAAGUUUUUCAGUUCUGUGAAAAGAAGGCUUCAUUGUUGGUGAAACAAACUGAAAAUGCUGCUAACCUUUUGUUCGAAGAAUUUUCAAGAAGUGGUUUACAAGAAACCAACAAAAACAUGCCAGUGGGAAAGAAACCACUGACCAUAGACCCAAAACAGUUGGUAGAGAUGAGAGGGGGCCUACAAAGAGAGGGGUCAUCUAUGGAAGACUUACAAAUGCAACGGAAAUGGAAACCAAAAAUCAAGCCAGAUAGAAAACAAACCUACAUUCAAACAAUGGUUCAACCGCGAACAAUGAAUGUUGAAGACAAACUAAAGCAGAUGCGGAAAGGGGUCGCUGAGUCCCUUGUGCCAUCAGUACAAAAGUCGAAAAAAUUAGCUUUACUAAUGGGAAAUAACAGGUCAAAGGGUGGCCGAGAUGCAACGUGUAAAGUUGAGGACGAAACUCUUAAAGAAGUUGAAGAAGAAGUAGCGGAAUGGUCGCGAACGAUUCAGAUAAUUAAGGGAAACCAAGGUGGAGAAGGGGCAAAGAUGGGUGAACGUGACUUAAUCCACCGGAUGAACACCACUGCAAAAAAGAUUUCUUCUUACAUAAGCAAUGUAGAUGAGGAUCAGACAGGCCAAGCUGGCUUGCAAUCAAGCGUAAAUAAAAAUGGGUCAAUGAAUCCGACUUCAUCUAGUAAACGAACACAAAACGAAGAUGGAACUUGCUCUGGUCAUGAUCGAGAAGUACACAUUAAUCCAAGUGAUUUGGUUGUGCAAAUUGGGUUCCUUAAAGCAGACAGAGAAACAAUGAAGAAAGAUAUUACACGUCUUCAGGAGGAAAUUUCAAGAAAACAGGCAGAGAACGACCAAUUAAGGAUACGGUUAAGCAAAUUGGCAGGUGAUAAGCUGACAAAAGACAACCCGAACAUAGCUGACCUGAGCGAUAGGAACCGGCCGACGAAGCUUGGCGAGAUUUACAGUGAGCUGUAUGACAACGAGUGGACGGAUGCGUUUGAAGGUCUGACAAAAGGUGGCGGCUACAAAGAUGAGGAAGCAAUUAAAGCUCUGCGUACAACAUUGGAUAGUGCCUACACGUUUUGUGUGAGAAAUUCUAACGAGUUGGUUACCAAAAUGGAAGCGGUCGCAGAGAAGUUGUUUGAAGAUAUAACAAGAAGAGAGCAUAGUCUUACACUUCCACAGUCUCCACUUGGUCGUGUAACAAAUCCAUUGCUUGCUCUUGAGGACCAUUUCAUCGAGAGGCACUGGAAACCUAAACAACGCAAGGAAGCACAGACGGACUUGAACAAGCAAACGUCGGUUGGACCUACAAAUAUGGGCCAAGAAUUGAUUAAAAUGCGGAAAGGUGUCGCCGUCUCAAUGGUUCCUGUCGUGCAACAUGCAUAUUUACGCGACAGAUGGGACAAGGAAUGCAUUGAAUCACUUAAACCUUUCAUUAAGAAGUCCCUUUUCAUCUGCUGGAUGAUGGUGGUUCAAACUCCUCCAAUGGUUUUUGACAGUACAACCAAACCCGAUUCGCGUUUUGAUGCAUUGUUGUACAGGCAAUACACAGCGAGUGGAGACACCGUAGAGUACGUGGUUUGGCCUGCGAUGUUCCUUCAUGAAAAAGGAUCCCUUGUUCUGAAAGGUGUUGCGCAGCCAAAGAAGCGUGUGUAGUUGAUAUUUUCUACGUACAAGUAUCGUUUCAAAGUAUCGUUGGAGUAUCCAAGACAUCGUUUACCUUUGUUGUUGUGUAUUGAUUAAGAAACGAUAGGAUUAUAUAAACAGAAGGUGUUGUAUUUUAUUAUUACGUAAUGUGUCACUCAUUGAGUGUCUCUAAGGCUUUGAUUCUAUCUGACGCCUUUAAACAAUAUCAUACGUGUGCCUGUAGGCUUCAUUGUAUUAUAAUCAUUGUAUCAAAGACAAGUAACUUGUCGCUUACCAUGAAAGCAUAAUAAUAUGAUAUAGAGGAUAUUUGUUGAAUUCAGUUUAAGAUCGUAUUUUAUUUUACGAGUGGUCACAGAAAAAAUAUUAUUUUUAUGUGACUACGAGUGAAAUAAAAUACGAUCUUACACUGAAUUCAACAAAAAAAAAUCAACAUAAUUUCUUUUUAGUUCAUGCAUAUAUCGUGUUUUUUUCAAUAUAUGUCCCCGCUAGGGUAAAUUUUUGUGGCCUCUUUGCAAAGGAAAGUAACUGCGGCAUAAUCGCUAUAUCAAAGUUACCUCCUCUUCUCGCGAGCAGUCCGUCAACUAAAAAAAAUUUCCACACUUUAUGGAAAUGGUUGUUGGAAUUGAAAUUAUGUUUAGAUAAAACCCUACUUCCAUCAACAAAACCUAUCAUUUUUAACAUUUAUUAAGGCACAAAACAAGUAUUUAAACAAAAGCAUUUCGGAAAUAAAAAAAAAAUGUAUCGCGUAGAACUACAAUUCAAAGAAAUUUGGCCAUGUGACAUUUGUGUACAUUCAAAAAUAAUUUCAACAGAUUUAAAUUAACAAUGAUGAGUGUGUUUUCGUAGUGUGUAUCUUGUCACUGUCGCUCUCAGACUCUGGAUCUUACGGUAUUUUUUCGGGGUCAAUUCAUGAACAGUCUGUGCAGCCGAAGGAUGCUUUGUUGUUGAGACAGCGAAUUAUUUUCAUAUCUAUAAAAGUUGAAUGUCACGUCCCCGUGUGUUUACCAAGACCCCAGAGGAAAUGUCGAGGAUGUGCCCGAAGAUGCUUUUGAGAGGGAUGCUGCGCAGACUUUGAAAGUUUUAAAAAAGAAAAAUGAAUUGUUGAACUGUUGAAUGUAAACUGGAAAUUGAUCAAAUUCAAAAUGCUUUUGCAUACACGUACGCGGUUAAAGUUUGUAGGAAGAAAUGAUCUAUCAACUCUUUUACUAGCACAUGUGGCCAAGUAAAUAUUCAACCGAUACCUACCAAGCAGGUUAAUUGUAACAGUAUGUUCCAUGAAAAAGUUCAUACAUAAAUUGGUAAGCUUGUUCUUUUUUAAUAGAAUUUUAUAAUCAAUCGCAAAAAAAUGUUUGUUUUAUUAAAACUAUUGCAUAAUUUGAUUUUGACAAUUUAAUAAGAUUCGGUCAAUGUGUAUAGUACAGCAAUAAAGACAACAAACAUGUACUUGUGACAUACAUGUAUUUUUUUAAAGUCAAGGGAAGCAAAUAUUAUAAAAGAUGGAAAAAAUAGUCCCGAGUUGUCUGUAUAGAGUGGAAUGAGCAAGGGUUAUCAUUUCACUCGAGCCAGAGUGAAAUGAUCAAGUUAUCAAUCACUAAUAUUUUUCACUCUUUCACCGGUUUGCGUGAAAUAAACGCAUUAUACGCAAUAUUGCCAAUUUCAUUUCUGCGAAAUGUUUUUAAUCUGUGUUUUAGUUUUAAAGAAAUGGGAAUCUG